AGACACGCACUGGGCGCUAGAAAGCGACCGUGGUUUGACGCGGUCCUCAGAAUGUGCCUUUAAAAGACUGGCCCAGGCCCGGGGACACGACUUCCCUGUGACACUUCAGUGGUCACAUAGCUUCCAAAAAACUAUUAUCAAACACAACCUCCUAUAUCAAGGCCACGCCCCUUCCAGUUCUAACAUACAUUCGUUGACGUGGCACACAAAUGCUUCGCGGCUUUCGCCACACAGGGCGUUCAUUGGUUAGGAGUGGGCGAGAAGCGCCCGUAGCCUGCCCCCUUAGGGCUAUACGCAGCCAGGGGUCGCGGCGACCCGCGCUGAAUGGUGCCGCGCCUUUGCCACCUUCUUCCUCGCGCCCGCUGUCCACACCUCCUCAGUACGCUCCUAGCUACGUUGGUGUGGUGGAAAAGGUGGUCGAAGCCGAGGAGCUGCUCCCACUGCCGGCCCAGGAGUCACCUGCCGAUGACCCUUCGUUGGCCAACCCGCUCCAGCGGAUGGAGCGGUUAUCAACCGGAUGGUUCGGUGUCAUCAUGGAGUUUGAGGGCGUCGUGGUGGAGACUUCGGAGGAGACACACCGGCAAGCGUGGCUUCAGGUUGCUGACGAGUUCCGCUUUCGCAAGCCGCUCGGUCAGAGCCUUCGCCGGAUAAAGGGCGUGCGCGACGAGGUUGUGGUGUCCCGCAUCUUCGGCUGGACGCACAACCCUAGCGUUGCCCGGCAAGUUGCGCAGCGGAAAGCUGAGCUGUAUGAGACCCUCAUGGGCGGACGUCAGCUCGCAGCCAUGCUGGAGACGCGGCCGUUUCUGGAGACGCUGAAGCGGUACAGCAUCCCCGUUGCUCUGGCAACGCCGCUCAGCGAGUCCAAAGUGAAGGAUGGCCUGCAGCGGCACAACCUUGCACAAUACUUCGACGCGGUGGUGACGGCGGAGGACAGCGGCUCAGCGGAGGUGGAGUUCUACUACGCCUACGCAGCAAGCAAGAUCCAGCGCCCACCCAUCCGCUGCGUCGUCGUGGGGGAGUCCAAUACCAGCGUUGAGGCGGCGCACGAGCUGGGCAUGAAGUGCGUGGUCGUGACAGGCACGAACCCCGUGUUCGACUUCACGGGUGCAGACCUGGUGGUGCGCAACCUGUCGCAACUGUCAUUCAUGAACAUGAAGCGCCUGUUUGCGGAGGAGAGCCUUGUGGAGUCCAAGCUGAACCCGCUGGAGGAGCCAGGGCGCAACCAGGCGGACGACAUUGAUGAUGAGGACGAUUACGCGGAUGACGACGAUGAGGGGUUCCAGCCCAUGCGCGGAGCGAUGGCGUUUGGUGGGCGGUGGUAAGCGAUGCCUGGUGGGCACGGACGGGCCAUGCAGAGCGAACGCAUGCACGCAUGGCGCAGUGCGGUGUAAUGAUAGCAUUUGGCGUACGGACGUAAUAUUUGAUCGUUGAUCGGUUCGGUUGCACUCGAGUUCUUUGGUUUGGACAGCGUGGGAAGGUAGGCUAGGUGACAUAUCGUUCGGCUCUCAACGAUGGCUGGAACGGAGCGUUAUGUUUGUGAUUACGUCCUCUCUAGCAGUCAGGCUGCCGCCUGCUUGCUCUGAGCCGCACACUUGCGGCGCAGGGCAGGUAUUUGCCAUGGCCGGUUGUGGGCGUAGCUUGAUUGUCGCGGCAAGCUGGUGCAUAAGCACAAAUCAUCCUUUCAAUGCCUCCACAUGCAAUGUCUCCCCAUGCGAAGAUUACGGGAAUGUUGGGGCUACACAAGUUGGUGCAGAGCAUGGGUGGAACGCGUGUACAUUUGUUCUUUGGUGCGUGUUGCGGCGCCUCUCUGUUGAGAGGUGGUCCAUUGGUUGGUUCAUCAUGGUCGAGAGCCUUAGAGUAGGCAUGCGAACGCGAGGUAAGAAGGCGCUGCAUCCCGUACCGGUAUCGGGUACGGAUGCCUGGCUGUACCAUAAAGGGGCGAGCCAUCAUGGCACGCCGCGCUGUAUCAUUAUCCCAAUUAUUCUUUCUACAAACUUGGAUGGCGCAUGUGGGACUGAAGCGAGGUCGCACGUGACGAUGCGGCUGGCAGAAAGCAGUUGGAGAAGCAGAGUGGAUUGAGUCCAUCGCCUGCGUCAGAACGUUGCGCAAGCGAUUGACGGAAAGUUCUCACAAUGUAAUGUUUGAUCCUC